AUGCCUUCAAAUGUGGAAAUCACUAUUCCUACCGCCACCCUGACGGGCGACCACACGACCUACAAUAUCACCAUACGACUCCCCCUGCGGUCUCUCGUGGUCCAAAAACGAUACUCAGAAUUCGCAUCCUUUCACGACGAGCUUGUCCAUAAAGUGGACGCCCAACCGCCCGUGCCACUCCCCGGAAAGUCAUGGUUCUACAACACCAACUCAAACGAGAAACUGAGAGAGGAACGGCGGCAAGGCCUAGAGAAAUACCUACAAGCAAUCAAUAACGCCGAAGAUCAACGAUGGCGGAAUACAAGUAUUUGGAGGUCCUUCUUGAAUCUUCCUAGUCAAGCCACUGCCGGAGAGAACACGUCGUCGGCGAGACUACACAAAGCCGUUACCGGACCGGGAGCUCUGGGGUCCGCACCCAUCACAGAUCCAGUGUUAUGGCUGGAUUGUCAUCGCGAAAUGAAGUCGCACUUGCACGACGCCCGGCUGCAUUUGACGAGACGAGAUCAGGCCACAACGCCCCAGAAACAACAUGAAAGCUCUGCUCACGCCAAAUCCAGCCUGGCAAAGGCCGGGACAAUGAUCACAGCACUUGAAGACGGGUUGAAGAAUCCAGGAGGAGGAGCUGAUAACUGGGCUGGUAGCGGGCUUGGUGAAGGUGAAAUAAGACGGAGAAAGGAUCUUCUCACAACCGCAAAGAAAGAAAAAGAUGGACUAGAGAAUCUACACAACGCGAUGGUGCAAAAGAGUAAAUUGGAUACUGCAGUUGCAUCGAUACAGGAUAAAGACAAGCUCGUGAAUAGCACGAAGCCUCGCUUAGGAAGCGGCCGAGUACUUGGGAAGGAGACAGACAAGACGCGCGAAUUGGAUAAUCAGGGAGUGCUUCAGCUCCAGAAACAGACUAUGGAGGCCCAGGAUAAGAGCGUCAACGAUUUACUCAAGAUCGUCUCUCGACAGAAAGAGUUGGGCAUUGCUAUAAAUAACGAGUUGGAGGUACAGAAUGAGCUUUUGACAUUAGCGGAUGAGGAUGUUACGAGAUUGCAGGGUAAGAUUGAUGUUGGAAACAAGCGGGUGGGCAAGAUUUCAUAA